AUGGUGGACUACAUCGAUUUAAAUAAGGAAAAGCAUGGGGUCGAGUCGAUCUGCAAAGUAUUGCCGAUAGCCCCAUCCACUUACUACGACCACAAAGAAAAGCAGCGCCAUCCAGAAAAGCGUUCGUCUCGUGCUCAGCGAGACGAACAUUUGAAAGAAGACAUUCAGCGCGUCUGGGAAGAAAACUUUUGCGUCUACGGUGUCAGGAAAGUCUGGCGGCAACUCAAUCGCGAAGAUAUUGACGUUGCUCGCUGUACAGUUGAGCGGCUAAUGAAAAUGCAAGGUUUGCGAGGUGUUGUGCGUGGUCGUCGCGUCAAAACUACCUUACCUGACAACCUGUCUGAGCGGCCGACGGACUUGGUCAAUCGCGAUUUCAAAGUGACUCGACCCAAUGCGCUGUGGGUUGCGGAUCUCACGUAUGUGGCCACUUGGCGCGGUUUUGUUUACGUCGCGUUCAUCAUUGACGCCUUCGCUCGUCGUAUUGUUGGCUGGCGAGUCUCGACGUCAUUACGUGCUGACAUCGCCCUGGAAGCACUGGAACAAGCGCUUCAUGAUCGCAGGCUCGGUAAGCAGGAUCAGCUUAUCCAUCACAGCGAUCGCGGUGUUCAGUAUGUGGCCAUCCGCUAUGCAGAUCGGCUUGCAGAAGUGGGUAUUGAUCCUUCGGUCGGCAGUGUCGGAGACUCGUACGACAACGCUCUGGCAGAGACCAUCAACGGGUUGUAUAAAGCAGAGUUGAUCCGUCAGCAAGGUCCCUGGCGUGGUGUCGAGGCGGUUGAGUUUGCAACAUUGAAGUGGGUCGACUGGUUCAACAAUCGACGCCUCAUGGCGACCAUAGGCAACGUGCCACCAGCGGAACUGGAAUCAGAGUAUUAUGAACAACAGCGAUCAGCUAAAGCAGCAUGA